GGUACCUGCGCUGCACGAUGAAUCGCGGUGACGGGCUGGUGCAGCGACGACGCGUGGUGAACAGCGGCGGCAGCGGCGGCGGUAGCGGCCAGGACGGCUCGAACGCCGACCUCGUCGGUCACAAUGACAAAUUGUCCGGACAAAGCCCGGACUCGGAUUGCUUGUCCCAGAAGGAUCUCAACUGCAAUCCCACCAUCGACGAUGAGUCUGAUAAGGAGACACGUCUCACUCUCAUGGAGGAGGUCCUGCUGCUCGGUCUCAAGGAUAAAGAGGGAUACACGUCCUUUUGGAACGAUUGCAUAAGUUCCGGAUUAAGGGGAUGUAUCUUAGCGGAGCUUGCCUUUCGGGGUAGAGUAGAGCUGGAGAAAGCUGGUAUGCGUAAGAAAAGUCUGCUAGCUAGGAAGCUUCUUUUGAAAAGUGACGCACCUACGGGAGAUGUACUGUUGGACGAAGCUUUGAAACACUUAAAAGACACCGAUCCACCUGAAACUGUGCAGAGUUGGAUAGAAUACCUCAGUGGAGAAACAUGGAAUCCUUUGAAACUGAGGUAUCAGUUGAAAAAUGUCAGAGAACGACUAGCAAAAAAUCUUGUCGAGAAGGGUGUCUUAACUACAGAGAAACAAAAUUUCUUACUAUUUGAUAUGACAACUCAUCCUCUUACCGACAACCUUGCUAAAAGCCGUCUCGUGAAAAAGAUCCAAGAAGCUGUAUUAGGUCGUUGGGUAAAUGAUGCCGCUCGCAUGGAUAGACGAACAUUGGCAUUAGUCAUUUUAGCUCAUGCAGCUGAUGUAUUAGAAAAUGCAUUUGCGCCAUUGUCGGACGACGAUUAUGAAGUAGCGAUGCGGAGAGUACGGACAUUAUUAGACCUCGAUUUUGAGGCGGAAUCUGCUAAACGUAACGCGAAUCCGGUACUUUGGGCUGUAUUUGCUGCAUUCACCAAGUAACAGUUACUAACUCUUAAAUUUCGUGGACGCGGAAUAGUUUUUUACUAUUAAAUUCUAUUAUUAUGUAUUAUACAAUAUUAUUAUUCUUA